CGAUAGAUCAGCGGUGCGUUGAUCACGCGUGAUCGGGUCGUUUAACGAGGGAGACGACGCUUUGUCGUCGGCCUUCUCUCCGCGAACUUUCGUCCUUUCCCCUCUCCUCCCUAUCCCCCUUUCCCUUUUCGUCUUCUUCGCCACCGCCACCGCCGCCGCCACCUUCUCUUCAUUCUCCUCCUUCUCUCUUCUUCGUCCUCCUCUCUUCGCCGCGGCUUUUCUCGGUCGACCGGUCGACUGCCUUCUCAAGGGGGCGUGCUUGCUCGCGUACAACAAUGAGCGAACGCGAAACUAUCUAAGCACGAGGCGCAAACGAAUCCGUUCUUCGUGUGGUUCGUGUGUGGCCCAACCGGCCACUCCGCGGCACUCGAUCGCGAACAAUCGCGGCACGUGAACGCAGUGUCGCGGGAUCGUGGGGAUCGUGGGGAUCCUCUCCUCCGUCCCGCACUCUUCUCUCUCUAUCUCUCUUUCUCGCUGCGUAUCUGCCAUCGACGAUCCGAAGGGAUAAGGAGGACCCUUCGCCGAGGAGCGUUCGGACGCACGAGAUCGUGGCUCUCGAGAGGCAGGCUUCUCUCAUCUCGCCGCUCCACUACGAGAAAAAAACCCGAUGGAACACGUAGCGAGGAAGGGAGCGGGGUGGUUCAGUUGAAGUUCCCCGAACGAUGUGCCAUGGCCUCGUCCUUAGGGGGGCCAGGAAUGACAUCGGGCGUCCCGCCGCUACGAAUAGUCAACCUGGAAUUUCCCCCGCCACCGCCUUAUCCGCCGCCCCACAAUCAGAUAUCGUGUAACGCGUUAAUGGAACCGGUAUCGCCGGUGGUGUCAACCAUCACGAGUUCACGACAGCAUCUUUUGGAUUAUUCGUACGCGUACUACCAAUCUGAUUCGGGUCAUUUCCAUGCGCCAUAUCCGGCAGAGUUGCUAGCGCAGCAGCAGCAGCAGCAGCAACAAGAACAGCAACAGCAACAACAGCAGCAGCAGCAGCAGCUACGGCAAUCUCAGCAACAGUUGCAGCAGAUAAGGUCGGAUCCUUUAAAGAGACACACUUACACAACUUGCUAUGGCACGGAGGAAAACAUUUAUGAAGAGAUAUCGGAAAUCAGCAAGCAAUGUCAUCGUGCGUUACACGGCUCGCGAAGGUCACUCGUGGCAGAAGAAGUGCGUCGCGUACAGUCGCGGCAUCAUCGUGUGCUCGGGCAACUCAAUUUGAGCGUGGAGGCCAUGCUGAUGCCAACCACGGUCGACAAUAACGAAGAGGAGCUGGCGCAGGAAACUCGUGGGACCUCCACCGAAGAGCUGCUGCCUUCGGUUGGCCCCGCUGACGAUCUCCUCUCUCGCGUUGGUUGUGACAUGGACAGCGGCUUCAGCGGCAGCUCUACCGCGAGUUACAGAUCGGGCUUGGGAUCCUUAAGAAAAGGAAUGGGGAGAACGAACGGUUCGGAACCGAUCGGCGUUCUACGCAAAACGAAAGCCGCCAUGAUUUGGAAGAAGGGCUGGAAAGGCUGGAAAAAACUUCACUCCUUCGGGAGCGGCGGCAGCAACAGCAGCAACAACAGUAGCAACAACAAGAUCGUUGAUGAGCCCCGUUCAAGAUGCAGAUCGUGGGAUGACGUAGGACCGGGCAAGAUGGAAACGGUCAGCGGCAAUUCGCACACGCAUCAUUCCUCGUUGGAGACCAGCCGGUCCAACACGUCCACGCAGUCUGCCAGAAGCGAGGACUCCUGGUGUUCGGCCUCGGAUCACGAUCUCUCCUCCGAUGACGAAAGCGAAAAGAGCAAUAUCAGUAUUAAAAGCAACUGUCAAUUGAGAAACACGUUGCAUAAGGCGCGCACGCUUUGCGACAAGUGGCGGUUCCCGAAUAUGCCGGUGAACAACGUGGAUCUCCUGGAGUCCCCCGGGCACCACGGCCGCCUCUCGAGGUGGUUCAGUAUCCGUCGAGGCUCGACGCACCAUUACGACGUCGAUUCCUCGGACACGGUGUCUCUGACCAGCCCCGUCAAAACCUCGCAAAUGCCACAGCUCUGCGAAGUCGACGAGGAGAACAGUGCUAUAGUACAAUUUCAAUGCAUGCAACAGCGAAGACAAGCUCCGCCUACGCUUCCAUCGCCACCUCCAAACCUGUCCCCUCAACAACUGAAACGUAGACAUAUCGUGGCCGCGAUAGUGCACUCCGAAAAUAGUUACGUAUCUACUUUGCAGAGACUGGUAAAUGACUACAAAAAACCGUUGGAAGAAUCCUCGCCACCUAUAUUGAGUCAAUCUAAAAUCGCGACGUUGUUUCAUAGGCUGCCCGAAAUUUUACAAUGCCAUACGUUAUUUAGAAUCGCUCUGGCGGAAUGCGUACGAUCCUGGGACAAGGAUGAAAAGUUAGGUGACGUAUUCGUCGCGAGUUUCAGCAAGGCGAUUGUUCUUGAUAUUUACAGCGGCUUUAUAAACAAUUUUUCCGUGGCGAUGGAUUUAGCUAAACAAGAAUCGAAAAGAAAGACUGCACUUGCUGACUUCUUCAAGGUGAAGCAAAUAAGUGCUCACGAUAGAUUAUCUUUCUUCGGAUUAAUGGUCAAACCCGUGCAGAGGUUUCCACAAUUCAUCUUGUUUUUGCAAGAUUUAUUGAAGCACACGCCACAAGGACAUCAUGACAGAAUGUCGCUGCAAUUAGCGUUAACACAGCUCGAGAGUUUGGCAGAAAUGCUGAACGAGAGAAAACGAGAAGCGGAACAAUUCCAAGCGUUUAAAGAAAUGUUACGGCACGUUUCCGGAAAAUUGUCACAUCGUCCGCUUUCUUCAGCGUCGCGUUAUCUUAUUAGGGAAGAUAAUGUCACGCAAUUGGAAUUCAAUCAAAAUGGUAUGAUAACGAAAUCCAAGAGAAGAAGGCUAUUGUUACUGAAUGAUUUAGUGGUGUGCGUUUCCGUCACUCCGAGAUCCACGGAAGAUUUUUCGGGAAACGAACGACUAACAUUGAAAUGGACGUAUCCGGUGUCAGAUAUUGAGAUUCAAGACACCAGCACUUCUCCGACCUUAAGUCGGUUACUCACCGCUGGUUUAAAUAAAGGCGGUAGUUUAAAAUCCGACAAGAGUGGAGAGUGUGGACAGGCGAUUGACGCGGACAAUCUUUGUGUAGAGAUGAACGAUCUUAUGCACGAUUACGAAGUGAUGUCCAGAAUAAGUGAUUUAGUGGCCCAGUUGAAGGGUAGAUACGAGGGGAUGACGCUUCAAACUACCAAGCAAAUUCUGCAAUCGAUACAAAUGUCGAUACAGCAGAAAGAUGAGGAUAUGGUAUGGGCCGAUAGUUGUUGCCUCCAGCUAGUCACAAAACAAGGUCAAAUGUAUACGUUUCAAACGGAAAAUCCCUUGGUGAAGAAGGAUUGGAUAACAGAGCUUAGAUUGGCACAAUUAGCUUUGGAUCCCAAUAACUCGCCGUCAUGGGAAGUACCUGAACAAGAGCAAAGGCCGUCCACAAAAAUGCCACUUUUCGUUAGUUCACAAGCCGUAUAUCAUUCGCAACAUCAGACCGAAGUGCGUUGCGGUUGUUAUUAUUCUAUUGAAAAUUCACGUUCCACGAGACGGCGCGGUAGAAGUCAAAAUUAUUUGUGGAUAUGUACAGGAGAUGGCAUAUCUAGCCACGUAACGAUUUUCGGUCAAUCGACAACAGCUUCGGCGACUUGUUUGAAACGUAUAACUACUUUAGAUCUGGUCGAAACUAGAGUUAACGCUAUCGAGUUCGUAAAGGGAAUAUCCAGCGAUCUUACCACGCUCGCUAGCGAUCUCGUAUGGAUGGGUACGGAUUCUCGGAGGAUUAUAAUUUACGCUGCCGCGGAACCUGAGAAAGAAGAAGAGAUUGGCAGUUACUCCGUUUCAGGACCUAUAGUAGAAAUCAAGUAUCAUUGCGACAAUGUUUUUGUAGCUUUAGGCACGGGUUUGUUACUUUUGUUCAAACGACAAGUCGAUGGCGCAUGGAACCUCAAGGAUUCUUUCAGUAUAUCACUGGGUAGCGAUCCUGUCUCGUGCUUAAUGCCAAUCAAUACGUCAGUUUAUGCCGCCUGUGGCAAGAAGGUAUGGGUACUUAACGCUACUACGGGCGACGUCACCAAGAGCUUUAGUGCGCAGCACGAGCACGUUGGGAACGUGAAGCUCAUGGCGCAUUCCGGAGUCGGUCUUUGGGUCGCCUUGAAAAACUCGAGCACAGUUUGCCUUUAUCACACAGAAACAUUUAAACAUCUGCAAGACAUCAAUAUAGCGUCCAAUGUAUUGAGAGUGACGAAAAUGAAUAAUCCCGCCAACUCGUGCGGCGGCACUCUCGCUGUUAAUAAUCAAACCACUGUCACAGUCACGGCGCUUUUAGCGUGCAAGGGUCUUUUAUGGGUCGGAACAAAUGUAGGCAUCAGUUUGACCAUUCCACUACCGCGAUUAGAGGGUGUGCCUAUAAUCAGUGGUCGUGUCAAUAUCUCGUAUCACGCUCACUUUGGUCCAAUCACUUUUUUAUUGGCGAUACAGAACACAAAAAACACAGUGAGCUCUGCAAAGGAACGCGUCAACGUUGACGACGAGAGUGUACAAUUGAGAGUGAGAGACACUGAGCAGAAAUCACGUGACAGAACGAGUUUAGAUUCCUCCGUGUGUAGUAACAUCGUGAAACUGAAGCAACAGCUAACGGGAAGCCCGGUGAUGCUGAGGAGAAAGCGAAGCAAGGAGUACGACUGCAGAGGCUCGAAAACACUUCCGAGAGGAUUAGGCGCUGGCUGUGGAUUUUUAUCGAGCUCCUUCUCGAGCUCGCAAAGUUCCGGUGAAAACUGUGACGUUUACGGGCUUUAUGGUGAAUUAAUGUAUGUGAAGGAUUACGAAAAUGAAAACAAUUCAGGCAUAGAUCCUAUUUAUGAGUCGUUGAGAAGGAGCGAUCCAGAGCUGGCGGCCAUACCAAAUAAAGUGAGUACCUUGGACCGUAGAUUAAAAAUGAAAAUCACUAGGCCUAGAUCGCUGGAUCUUUCCAACUGGUCGGUGGACUCUCACACCAGCUCCUUGUACACAUCUUCCGGAUCGGAGGAGAACUUAUCUCUGAAAACUGGAAAGUUAUCACGUAAUAGUAGCAUAGCUAGUCGUAACGGUCCCUACGACCUCUCUACAACUAACAAUAGCGUAGUAGAAUCGGGAUUGGAAGCAACGCCUGCGACCAAUCUCAAAGCGAACGGCAAGAAAAAUGGCAAAGCAGUUCAACAAGUAGACCAACCCAAGCGAACGGUGUUGACGCUGAUGGGUGGACGCGGUUAUAUCAAUUGGAGGCAACUCCACGCGCAGUCUGGUGUUGACAAGAAUUCGAAAUCGACCUACGCGUUCAAAGAUCCCAACAGCAACGACGCACAUAUCGUCUUAUGGGAGAUGAAAUUAUGAUACAUGAUCGCGUUUUUAGGCCUGUCGUUAUGCAUCGGAAAAGCGAAACUUUGACGCGGAUACGUAUGUAGUAUAAUAGACAAUAGGACCAAAAGAGUACUGAUAAAGCUUUAGAUAAGAUUGUUGAUAAUUGUAAAGGACUAUAUCGGACACAUGGUAUAAUCUCGAUUGCGUAGCAGCGAGUAUCCGUGUUUCUUCGGAUAGAUAUGACGUUACACAUUAGUAUUGAUUGCUACUUUAAAGCGACGAGAAUCAAGUUAUAGAAUUAACGGAGGUCAUUCAAGAGAAUAUAUUAAAUAUUGAAUGUCCUUUGAUUACCAAGAUACUUAAUGCAGAAUGCAAUUUUUUUUAAUGAACAACUUUUCUAGAGAAGAAUAACGCUUUAUUAAUUAAACAGACUGAAAUAUAUAUGGAUCGUUGCAGCGCAUGACAAGAUUAAUACGAAUAAAUUCUCGUGCGUCAAAAUUGUGCUUCCGUUGCGUAUGGAAAUGAUAACUAAGGUCUCGAACACAAUGUGUCUUUUUAAAUUUGAAAUUCUUCGAAAUUUAUAUUUCUGCUAAAGUAUUACUUGAAUCUCGUUAGUUUAUAAUGAAACAUGUGAUAAGAGUCUCAAAAAUCUUGAGAAGGUGCACAAAAACUAAGCUUAAACAGUUCUGCGUUAAACGGUGAAACGUUUUAUAUUUAAUGUCCGUGACAUACGAGAAUAAUUGCUACAAAAGUGUUCCGCUUAUGCUAUAAAUGUAUAAAAGUUCGCAUUCAGUUAAAACUAACACAUCGUUGUACACGCGCGUACGCGUUAUAACUAAAAUUUAGAUGAUUAGCCGGGUCUAGACUCUCGCGAAUUAUUCACCAUGUACUACAGAAAUGAAGUAUUUACAUUUAGAUAUUUUAAUACAUUGUUAUAAAUGAUUGUCGCGUUAUCUCAUACCGAUUAUCUACACAACAUUUAAUUUUGGCAAAAAUCAAUCAAACUGUUAUUUCAGAAGUUAUUCAGAUUUUAUAUAUUAUAUCGAUAUGCGGUAUUAUUUGUUUUUACAAGAUAUAUAUGCAUUGACUUUUGUUUUAAAUGAUAAUCGUUUGAUCUCUUGCAUCGAACAAGAUUUAAACAUAUAUCAAAUCUUAUUGUUCAAGAAAUUCUAAUUACCACUUGGUCCACGCGCCAAAUUGUGCCCACUAUUGAUAUAUUUUGGUAGAAAAUGAAACCAUUUUGAUAUUCGACAUAUGUUUAUAAAGUUUCAUAACGCGUGAUAUAAAACAAAUCUGUCUAAAAUUUAAUUUCGCGAAACUUCAUUCUACUAAAAAACUUUAAGGAAUUUAAAGCAUUUAUAUUAAUCUCAAAUUAUUUUAAAUCUGAAGAACUACUCAAAAUUGCCAUUAUUUACAAAUUUUUGUGAAUAAUUUAUCAAAGGAGUUUAAUGCAAGGAGUAUUUAAAAAUUUUUGUUAUUUAGCAAUUUACUAUGAUUUUUUACAGUAACUAUUGAAAUUAAAAUACUUACUGAAUUCACAUAAAGAUAUACCCUUUAUAAUAGUAAUAAUGCAUUUCGGAAAGUGAUUAUAUGAUAAUUAUGAAAUGUUUAUUACAAUUUUUCAAUUGAUCUGUUUGGGAUAAUAUAUGGAAACUUGUUUGCCAGCCAAUAUGAACGUAAUUAAAUAAAUGGAAGAUAUCUAUUUAUAGAUUUAUAAAAUUAAUUAUUAAUAGCUGUAUUGUCUGUUUGCUCUUAUGAUGAUUAUUCAGAAAUUUAUAGCUCCAGUUGUUCAAAGAAAAAAAAUGUAUCCAAGUUUUCAUAAAAUGUUAAUGCUGUUCAAUUUUUGAUAUGAUCGAGUCUUAAAUGAAGAAAUUCCGGUCCGUGUAUGUAUAUAUUUUUCGUAUAAAAUAUAAUAAUGUAUGUUAUGAAACCGUUGAAUAGAUUUAUAUUUUGUACACUAAUUUUGUUUGAAUACAUAGUCUUAUUUUGUAUUUAUGCCUUUAGUACGCGCGUUAGUUAUACAACGAAACUUUACUAUGUAUUUAUUACUUAUACAUAUAUGAUGUCAUCGUUAUAAAUAGAGAAUCUUGUUACUUUGCUGCGUUGAAAGAGUGCAGCGGUAUAGUAUACUUUUUGUUCAUUGUAACAUUUAUAUAGCUACAUUAAAAUUAUUUCAAAUGAAA